UCCACACGCCAACCAGAAUGUUCCCAACUUUACGCGCGAGUUUCAUCUUAUUCCAAAAACGAAUUUCACAUUACGAACAAAUUGUUUAGUAGCUGACAAUAUUGAUAUGGUCGAGAAAGUGAUUAAUAUUUCAUAACUUUUCACAUUCGAAGCUAAAUUGAGUAAUAUGAUUUUGUUGAAAAAAUAGUUUUGAAUUUUCGUAGUAGUUAAUUUAUUGCAAAGUGUGUGAAGAGUUUGUUGGUUUUAAAUGAUUUACGAGACGGUUGCCGGCGGAUGCGUCGACGGAAAUUUUUAAUCAUAACUGAACGAACGGCUCUAGCUAUCAAUAAUGACUGCCGAAGCUAACUACACGAUGUCUGCGGAAAACGACACUGACGAAUAUAUGCCAUACGAUGAAAGGUUGGAGACAUAUUUGGUUCCAAUAUUGUUCGCCGUUAUAUUCGUUGUCGGGGUGCUUGGGAACGGAACAUUGGUGAUAGUCUACGCCAGACAUAGAGGAAUGAGAAACGCUCCUAACACGUAUAUAUUUUCAUUAGCGCUAGCGGAUCUGCUAGUCAUCUUGAUAUGCGUGCCGUUCGUCUCCAUAAUCUACACUUUAGAGUCCUGGCCAUGGGGAGAGCUUAUAUGUAGGAUCUCUGAAUCAGCAAAAGAUGUGAGCAUUGGUGUAUCCGUGUUCACGUUGACAGCCCUAUCGGCCGAGAGAUAUUGUGCGAUCGUAAAUCCAUUCAGGAAACUACAACUUCGCAAACUCCCACUUGUUUGUGCCACAUUCAUCUGGGGCGCGGCGUUUAUCUUUGCCAUCCCCGCCGCCAUAUUCUCCAGUACAGUGACAGUGGAGUUAAAAGACAACGUUACUAUCGUAUACUGCACGCCGUAUCCGAAGGACUGGACUAACUACUCCAAAGGGAUGACAAUUGCCAAAGCCUUGAUAUACUACGGUUUGCCGUUGAUCGUGAUUACGGUUUUCUAUUCUCUGAUGGCUCGGAGACUACUUGCAAGUACCAGGGAGAUGCCAGGAGCUCUUCAAGGCGGUCAAGGCGAGGCUCAGGCUAAAGCUAGAAAGUCGGUAGCUUGCAUGGUCCUUAUAUUUGUUAUUGUAUUCUUCAUCUGCUUUCUGCCUUAUCACGCUUUUGAGCUGUGGUAUCAUUUGUCUCCGACUUCGCUACUCGACUAUAACGAUUGGACCCACGCGUUGCGCAUUAUUGGAUUCUGUUUGAGUUUCCUGAACUCCUGCGUGAAUCCGGUCGCUUUGUACUGCGUCAGCGGCGUCUUCAGGCAGCAUUUCAAUCGCUACCUGUGCUGUCGCCGAAGCGCCUUACAUCCAACUUGCAGCUCGCGUCUAUCUAGAACCGCCAUAUGCGAAACAUCGUUCCGGAGCACUCACCGGCAUCGGUGCAACAGGAACCCAACAACAGAGAGUGUGGUAAUAUCGAACUACGAUUACGGAAGCACCAACAAGAAGAGCAAUAUCAUAACGAGAAACAACGCCGACGGGGUCACCAUACUUACGAUUAGGGACUCAAAUGUAUUCAUUUCUGGUGAAAUAGACGACAAACGCAUCAACAGAUAAACUUUGAUUUAGAUUAUAUUUCCAUGAUAAGAAUUUGUAUACGUU